AUGCUUGGAUUUUCUGAAGAAAUUUCGAAUUUUCUCGACGCCGGCUAUUCCGCAUUCGACCCCAAAGAUCCAGGGGAACGUCUCGAAAUCCUUCAGAAAUGGUGUGAAAAAAUGGCGCCGGCAGGCGGAAGGUUGCGGAAACUUCUCCACGGUGCGGAAUUUUUCACGUGGCGCGGAUUGCUCACCAAAAUCGGUGCCGCCGUCUACGCGGGAAGCGGUGACACGUGGCGUUUCCGCGCGUUCCGCAUUCAUGGCGUCGUUUUUAUGUGCGAAGAGGAGACGGAAGAGAAGACGCGGAAAAUGGAGGCGCAGACGGACAGGGAAAAACAUAUGACGUAUUGGGGACACAAAUUUGAGCAGUAUAUGACGUUGGAUGAUGGAAUGGUGAGCGAAAACUACGACGCUCCGCGUUUACGCGGUGAUUUUUGAGUGAUUUUGAUGGAAACUACGAUGAUCCGCCUUUACACCCCCAAUUUUCCAGGACCUUCCCGACACAAAUCAACCAGUUUCAACACGCGAAGAAUUCGCCACCGUCAUCCGAACCACCCUGGAAAGUUCUCAAGCCAAUCGUCGUCAACCUCUCGAACUCUUCUACUCAGCCGAAAUCGAUUGUUUGGAUCGAGAUGGCAAAUAUGUGGAACUCAAAACCAACAAAGGCGAUUUACGUGGAUGGUUUUGGACGGCGGGUGCAAAAAGUCUGAAGUGGUGGUUGCAGAGUUUUCUGGUGGCUAUCGAUUAUUUAGUGAUCGGACAUCGAGAUGAUCGGGGAAUUGUGACGAGGGUGAGCGAAUACAACGAUACUCCGCUUUUACACGUGGAUUUUUGUGUGUGUUUUUGGCGGGAAUUUCAAAAUUCGCAGGUCUCCUCAAUCCAAACCGCCCAACUCCAAAAACAAUCACAAUGGUACGGUGGAGCCGCAAUUCGACUGAUCUCUCAAGUUCUCACACAACUCUCCGAUUUUUUGCCCAACGAAAAUCAGGCGUGUGUUGUGGAAUUUGGUGGUGAUGGUGAAAAUACGAUUCGAUUCUCAAGAUGUUCGGAAGAUUUGUGUGAUUUUGUGCCUGAAGAGUUUAGAACAAAGUUUUGGUGA